AUGUCCAGCUCCGGGAGGAAGCGCAAGCAGCAGCUGAAGCCGCGCCAGGAUGAGCACCGGUCGCCGGUGAAGCGGCGCAGUGUGGACAUCAAAACUGAACCUUUGGACGGCUAUCCGGCGUUGGCGGACUACGACCUAAGUACGGCGGACAUAAAGCCGGAUCUCACUGAGCUGCAACUACAGCAGGCAGUGGAGCAGCAGGUGGCCCCCAGUGUCAGUCGCUCGGAAUUGGAUCACCAAGAGAGCGAUUCCGACGAGGAUGGUUAUUCGGAGCUUAACUACCAGGCGGCUGAUGUCUUCUGCCAGGAUGAACCGGAUUACUACGACCCGGACUGGAGCAGUCAGCAGGCGGGCUCCAGACUGCUCUUUCAAUUUCCCACUCCCAGCCAUCAAACUGGCCUGAAAUUCGCCAAACGCUUCCAGGGCCCGAUACACUACUUUAACCAUAUGCUGGGCGAUCGCUCCAGGUUCUUCAAUCUCUUGGCCGCAAACUGCAACCAGGGGAGGGGGGAGAUGGAUCACCCGUCCCUGCACGCCACUGCCGAGGAAAUGGAAACCUUUGUGGCCCUUUCCCUGCUCAUGAGUGACCUGAAGCUGGAACGCCUCUCGGACUACUGGAGCACCAACAUGUUCUACGGCUUCGUCGGGUUCACCGGAAAGAUGCCCCUGGAGCGCUAUCAGCAGCUGCUGCAUAAUCUCAACUUUGAUCCAGAGCACCCGGUAAAGAACAAGAACAAGCCGAAGGACUUUCCACUCCUCACCUUCAUUAACGAGCGCAUGGCAGAGCUGUACGUUUGUGGCCAGCAGUUGGUGCUCAAUGAACCCAUCACUUUGUGGAAGGGAAGAUUCAGCUACCACGAGGAUCUGCCCAGCAAAUUCCGCACCAAUUCUCUACUGCUGCACAUGCUAACCGAGCAGAGUGGUCUAGUGGUGAAGCUCCUGCCGGAGAUUGUGCAUCAGGAGGAUGCACAGGCUUGGGUGCGCAAUUCCCGGCAGUUGGUGGAGCAUCGAACCGAGUUGGCUCUGAAGCUUAUGCAGGACCACCAUGGAGGACGCACCGUGUACGUCUCAAAGUUCUAUGGCAGCUAUGGCCUGGCCCAUGAGCUGGCCAAGAGGAGCACCUACUGCACUGGGCUGCUGGACAGGAAUAGAUAUGGCAACAGCAAGGCCUUGGUGCAUCAGCGUUUAGAUUCGAACAGUAUCUCCACCAGCUAUGCCAAAUCCCUGAUGAUGGCCAAGUGGCGACGACGGGCGAAGAGUUUCUACUUCUUCAGCUCCGACUGUUUGGCCAUUUAUGCCAAGGAGUUAUCGAUGCAAAAGACGAACGCCAGGCCCAAGUUGAUUCAGGAGUUGGACUGGCAACUGCGCCCCGGCAACGAGAGUCGCCAGCACCUGAUCCACUAUCAACCGGCAUGCCAGGAGAUUCCGGCCGCCAAGAAAGUGGGCAUAUUUCUACUCAAUAUACUUGUCUACAAUGCCUAUUUGCUGUACCUGGCCAAUAGCCAGAAUCCGCGAGGUGGACACCUUAAAAGUUAUUCGGAGUAUCGAGUGGUCAUAAUCAAGUCGCUGCUCAAAGAGGAAGUGAUCAGCGAACCUAUGACAGUCAGUCCCCACAAGGCAGACGUACAAGAAAAGCUGAAGGACAAGGCGCUGGUCGAGGCCAAGCUGAAGGCCGUGAGGCACGAACCCGUGCUCAUCCAGCAGAACGGAAAGCCGGCUCGAAAGAACUGCCGUCACUGUCACAAAGGCGGAAUGCUGCAGUUCAGCAAGUUCAUGUGCAACUCCUGUCCGGACAAGCCGGGUCUGUGCCAGGAACCCUGCUUCCGACUCUGGCAUGAGCAGCUCAAGAAGUAGCCAGAAAAACAAUAUUGUGUACCAAGCGAAAUAAAAUGGAUUGUAAAAAGUG